UUAAUUUCACUUUUGGACAACAAGUUCAGAAUGGUCUUUUGAGGUAUAAUCUUGGUUGUGUUCUUGGACAGUGCUUAAUAUCAAUGUGAUUGUAUUUGCAGGUUGCUUUCCGCUUUGACAGGCAGAGGUUGGACUCAUUGUCUGGAGGUUUACUAGCGGUCUUUGUAAUCUCCCGUUUGUCCUCUUGCCUCCGCGUGGCCUUGGGCAUUAUUGGAUUCCAAUGUUAUUCAGGUAGAUCUGCUCAUACGUGCCUGCGGCUCUGUUGAUCACAGUUAUGCUAACAGUGGCGCCUGUGCAACGGGUCCUUUUUCAGCGAAGUCGAUUUUUUAUCUUCCAUUAUGAAGCUAACAAGGAGUCUGCCUGCUCGCUCGCGCUUUGGUUUCCCCGACAACCGGCUAUUACCAUGCGCCAUAGCAACAGGUUUCACGUGGCCGAGUUUUCUGCGUUGUAUUUGGCGUCUUUGUCGAGCGAUGGAACUCAUGGAGCAGCUGCCAGUGCUGUCGGCUGAUUGGCUGGUCUCCCGUCAAGGAAACGGACAAUGAUGCGAGUCCGGGAGCGCAGAGAAGAGGCCAUCAUAGAGUGCUCCCUGCAGUUCUCUGAUGAGGAGAACGUCCCCACCGUUGCCAAGCGCCCCAAAAUCCCGCCGCGGGCUCGAAGGAGGGUAGUGGCAGCACGGGGCGGAGAUGCUACAGAUGUGGACUUUAAGACCCCUGUCCGGGGGGGUGAGCUGAGGGUGCGUUUUCAGGAGGACUGCUCCACCCUGUCCUCCAACCCGGCCGUGCGGAACAUCUACUCACCCGUCGUCCGCGUCCUGACCCCACUGAAGGGUGAGCAGUCCCCAGGUGGUGAGCAGCAGUGUGUGUUCAGCUACGACUCCCUCAGCCCUCUGUCUGAUGACGAGACCAACGACGUGUUCAACCCGUAUGCCUUCAUCAAGAACAUUCCAGCACAUUCCCAGCAGUCCCGACCCUGUGUGAGAGACAUUCCCAUCAAGACCCGGAGCACCCCACAAGCCACACUGGUCUUAGACCUGGAUGGGACCCUGGUGUUCAGCACGCUCAGUCACCUUGAUAACGCAGAGUACACUUUUCACACUUACUUUCAGAGUCACAAGUACAAAGUGUACGUGGUCCUGAGACCCCACCUCCGGACGUUUCUGCAGCGGAUGUCAAAGAUGUUUGAGAUGUUUGUCUACACAUCAGCUAAAAGGGAGUAUGCGGAAAAGAUUGUGGAUUUACUGGACCCUCAGAAAAACCUGUUCCGACACCGGCUGUACCAGGAGGACUGCCUGUGUAUUCAGGGUCACUACGUUAAGGACCUGGGCCUGCUGCAGCGGGACCUGUCCAAAACCGUGGUCCUGGACAACGCUCCCCACACCUUCCCCUACCACGUGAUGAACAUGAUCCCCAUUCGCAGCUGGGCUGGAGAGGCGGAUGACAGAGAGCUGUUGAAGCUCACUCCUUACCUGGAGAGACUCUCUGACACGGGCGAUUUCCGGCAGGUGCUGAAGAGGAGGGCGGACCACCUGCACCGUCUCCUCUCUGAAGACUGAUGCGUGGGGGCGUGGCCAGUGCCGGGGCUCCCGCUCCGGACGCCGUGCCGGCCUCUCUGUGACAAUGCAGUGUGGAUGGCUCCACCCGCAGCUCGCUGGCGGAACUGCGUUCUUUGUGCACUACAUUUCAGAAGGGAUUCAGCGCGGUCCCGUUUGAAACUUUUUUUUUUUUUUUUUUUUUUUUAAAGAAAGACUUGCCAGAAAGUUCCAGAACGACUGUUUCUGCAAAGCAGGGAAUGGGAGCAACCUUAGCACAUGUUACAGCAAGAAAACGAUUGCUCGGACGCAAAAUAUAACAUUUUGUGUCGUCGCCGUUUUUCCUAAUUUAUUCAUUUGUAAUUAUUUGUGUUUGUCUGAUUACUGCAUGUUUUAA